UUUGAGCCGCAUGAUCAGAGUCAGGUGACAACACUGGGCACAAAAACGGAGUAGAAUAAACAGUGAGACCUAGGAGAUUAGCUGUUGAUCUUGCCUUUUGACAAGCUGUGCUGCUCCUCAGAGAAAAAUGAGUGCCUGGCCCUCUCCUCUGCUUUGGAGCUUAACCAUGGUGUGGCUGACAGGUAUUGCUUUAAGCCAGAUGACCACUACCCAGGUCCCUAUCGCCUCAACACCAGCGCCUCCCAGUGCAACGGCCACCCAGGUCCCUCUUGCCUCGACACCAGGGUCCCCUAGUGCAACCACUGUCUCAGCCUCUGCGCCCCCAGUUUCUGCUGCGACGCGCUCGGCUGGAGCGGCGUCCGCCACGCCAACCCUUGCCACGUCUGCGGGAGCGCUGUCUGCUGACCCGAGCACGGGAGCGCCAACUCCAGUUCUGUCCACCUCCCUGGACGUGACAGCACUCGUUUCUGGAAGCGCGACCAGCUCUCGUGUGCCCACAGCAGCACUCACUGGUGCCCCGUCCUUCUCUCCGGCUGCGACUGCGUCUCCCGGCGUCCCAUCAGCAGCUCCGUUCCUCGCCACCUCGGAGCCCUCGGGCUGCAGCAGGGUGAACGUGACAGCGUGCGAGCCUUGUUCCCCGGGGACGUUUCCCAACGAUGGCACCCUGAGCUGCUCGUGCUGUUCGCAGGGCUCCUGCACGGGCCCCGCUGACUGCGUUCCCUGCCCGGUGGGUCACUACCAGCCCCUGAGCGGACAGCAGUCGUGUCUGCCGUGUCCACAGGGGUAUUACACCAGUUUUCGGAGGAGCACCACAUGCUCUCCCUGCCCACCUGGCUCUUACGCUAACGAGUCUGGGGCUGCAGCCUGCAGAGCCUGCCAGAGAGGGUAUUUCAGCGCCCAGCAAAAUGCAGCUUUCUGCCUGCCUUGCCUGCCUGGAUCAUUUUGCAACACCACCAGCUGCACCGUGUGUCUGGCUUGCCCUGGUGGGAAGGAGGCUCUUCGCGAGGCAUCCGAGGAGUGCACACCUUGCCUCCCAGGUAUGUUCAAAGGUCCCAGCGACAACAGAUGCAAGCUCUGCAAGGCGGGAGAAUACCAAUUACAGCAAGGCAAGGAAAGCUGUGACCUAUGCCCAGAAAAUCACUACUGUCCUAGCCCGGAUGUGAACCCAGUCAAGUGCCCUGCUGACGCCUUCUGCCCCGCUGGCAGUGCCGAGCCUGAGUAUUGCAUGGAGGUGUUUUUUUACAAGGCAGGAGACUCAUGCCAGCUGGCCCCUCUGAUCAUCCUCCUGGCUGUUUUUGCAGCAGGUGGACUCCUUGUUGUCUUGCUGAUAAUUCUGAAGAGAAGGCAAGAACGUAGGAAGAAAUCUUUGAAGUCCCUACUCUUACCAAAAGGAUCAGGACAACACACAACGUAUGGUGUAACGGAGCACACAGAACCAGUAUACGCUGGUUGGUAGGAGGCUGCGAAACGUUAUCAACAAACUUUGUUUGCUUUUCUGUAUGGCAAUGCAGAUGUGUGUAUAUGGGCAAAAUGUUAACCACGAUCAACCUAUUUCUAUGUAGCUAAAAUAUUUAAUUAUACUAACCACAGGCACACAGAAGUGCAAAGAAAUCAUUUAUCUGCUAACCCAGAAGACUUCUGCUCUAAAAUAGACUGAAUAACAAAAUUCUCUCUCCCUUCGAUUCCUGACUUCACUUGCAAAUGCGUAUUUAUUCCUGAGGAAGAGAGAAAACUAUUAUGUCAAACAGUCUUUUCCACCUUGGCAAACACUAACAUGAACCUGCUUCCUUUUAAAAAUGUGCAGAUUCUUUUUUCAUUAGCCUCAAAAUUUCACUGUUACCUUAAGCAAGAGUAAAUCGAGGAAAUUUCUCCUUCCUCUCAGCUGUGGGAAAAUACGUGCACAUAAAAUAAUGGUUAACUCUUGGACAAAUAUGUCCUUUUUUUCUGCUGCAAUCUUUAAAGCAAUGCCUUAUAUUAUUAGUAGAGAAGCAACUACGAACUGUAGGCAAACAUCACCUGUUUUGGUCCCUGCCAAGCCCCACGGAUAAGCCAUGAGCCUGCACACAACCCUUUAGAGCCACAUGGAGCAGCAUGCUGCUGCUGCCUAGGUGAGUCACUGAAGGUGCCUUGCACGCUUCUGCACACCCGGGAGAUGGGUGCGUACUUGACACCAUUGCUUAAAUGCCUGUGACAAAGUUCCUGACUCCUUCCCAGACAACUGAUUCAUCAUGAGCCAAUGCCCCCUUACAGCAGUAUACGUGGUUUGUACCUGUUCUCACAGCACAGAGCUGCAGCCGCUCCUAACUCCAAGCAUGUUCCAAUGUAGUCGGUCCAGACGACUGUGCCAUCUGUUAAACUGUUCUGAUUUGUGUUUUGUGGGCAUGAUUUCAAAUCAUGUAGGCUAGUUUACUCUCUCCUUUUUAAAGCUCUGCUUUGCUAUAUUCUCCCUAUCCUGGUCUUUCUGACUGUUCGGUUUAGCUUUCUGCACCUUGUCUUCAUCACCAUUUGAGGUCUUGCCAUCAGAGCAGGCACUUAGAAAUACCUGUCAGCUGCAAUGGCAUCAACUUCAGCUGCUCCAUGAAAUUAGUACCUGGCCUCUAUUAACUUUCUCAUCUUGUUGCCUCCCUUCUUCUCCUAAAGUGACAUUCAUGGGCGUAUGAGGUGCUGCAAUCCUGGACAGACCAGGCAGUUGUGUUGCUUUGGUGCAGUGCUGUGCUUUGUGAAAGCACCCGUAAAAACAGUAUUUACUAGUGCAAGCUCCAUGCUCUUAAAGCACUCCCCUUACUGUGCAGUGAAGUGGAAGCAGGUGUUACUUCUCUCUUCAGUCGUCUUUUGGCGCUGCUGGGCCAGCAGCUGGGGUAGUGCAGCCAGUGCCAGGGGUUAAGUGGCUCCUGCCCUGGGCUGAUCCUGCUCACCUCCUCGUGCCUGUGGGAGCUGCCGGCUGAAUGAGGGGCAGGAGGGGAGGUGCGUAAUCCCUCAUGGGCAACAGGAACAUGGACAGUAGCUGUUUAACCUAGACCAGCAGCAGCCGCCUGCAUAGCGCAGCUCACCGGACCCUGGCUGUAGCCCAGCCACCUCGUUAUCCCUUCUCUCCGGGCUGCCCUGUCCUUGCCCUGCAAGUAUCGCUCAAGCUUAGAUUUGUCCGUCUGCUCCAAGCCCGGUUUCUUGCCGAAUCCUGCUUCCCUCCUAGUGUCACACUUCCUUCCCUUCUCAACCUUAUCUACCUGCUGGAAAGCUGAUGGCUCUUGGGCUUUUCCCAGCUCUGGGAAGAAACCCGGCACUGGUGUGGGGUCUCCUCCGCCUGGGGGGGACAACAGGGUCUCCCUUCAGCACCUGCGACCGCCAGGAAUGACCCCUGCAGCCCUCUUCCUCCGUUUAGCCCUGAGGGCUGCAGGCCAUAGCAUGCGUGGAGCAGGCAGAGCGUCCCAGAGCGCCUGUGGACGCUCCCACUGUCCAUGCAGGCAGAGACUUGGCAAAAAACCCAUAGCUUUUCACAAGAGCAGCACAAGGAUCCAAUCCUGAGACAGGGCACCAGAUUCCCUCAACAGAGCAGUGAGUGUGGGGUUUUGUUUUCGUUUUAACAUGAACAAAACAAGUUGUUUUUCCUAAUGGUAUCAUAGCACUUUCCUGAAACAUUCUUUAAAAAAACACAAAAACAAAAAAACCCCCAAAGAACCCCCAACCUUCCCCCAAAACCAGACAGAACAUUUCACAUCUGAAGUCAAACCAGACCCAGGCAAGAAACCGGCCAAAGAAGAAAAAUAAAAUAAAAGCAGCUGAAUUGAACCCUGAACCAAAGAAGAGCAGUUACCAGUGACAGCUAAAUGAAACCAAAUGAACUGAACUGAUGCAACUGCAUGAUUGCAACUCAAAAUAGUUAAAGCUUGUGAAAUUAUGAGCAAGCGAAAACAGCCUUUUAACAGGAAACACUGGGCUGCAAAAGAUAUCAGCAUUUAAGAUGGCAAUAUAGUUAUGUAAAUAAAGCUGUGAAAACAAGCCAAGGUGCAAUCAUUAUUCACCUGUACAUAAGCCUGAAUUUCCAGU